AUGCGUCUGCGUCUCUUCAUCCAACGACACUCGUUGCCCUCCGUCCAGAUCGUGUACACAACCGGCACCGGCCCCGCUUCACAUACCAAAUCCCCAGACAGCACCAUUGCAGACCUCCUCCUCGAUGUGAACGAUCUGGUACCGCUCGAGUCGGCCGAUGGCGAGUGGGGUUUAGAGGACUAUGUCGUGGAGGUUGUGCCCGCCGCCGAUCCCACGGCCGCAUACGAGUGUCUUCAUUUCCAGACCUGCGAGACGGUCCUGAGAGAAGACGACGAGGUGGUCAUACGCGCUCUGUCGUCAGAAGAGCUCAGAAUACGGAGGCUUGGAGGGCGACAUCAGAUCUCUGCCGACGGCAAACACCUCAUUGACGGCGUCACCUUUGGGAAACAGUGGUUAAGGAAGGGCAGCCGACCCGGAAUUGUGAUACCGCCUCGGAAGAGAAGAAGGCUCCUGUCGGCGGAGCCAGCGGCAGACUAUGAUGAUGAUGAAGUCAGACAACUUCUCCCUCCUCCAGAGGGCUAUCUGACUGCCCUAGUCGCGGUCACUGGGGACGACGAAGAUGAGGACGACGAGGAAGAGGACGAAGAUUAUGUUGACAACCCACUUCAAGUUGCUGUCCGCGCAGACUUUGAUGAUGCGGAUGCUGGAUCAGACGACGCUUCUGAGAUAUCAGAUGGAGCCUUGCAAGAAGCGGACCUGUCAGCUGAAGUUAGGCUUCUUCUCGAAGAUGCUGCCGACAUUGAAAAGUCGGGCAACAGCACCGCGGCCCAGAAACUUGUGAGAAAGCAACUGAAGAGAAAAAGAGGCCCUGACGAUGAAGGCGAGGAGCAGGAAAGCGCCACUUUUGAAGGCUUCUCUACGCCGCUCAAAGCUCCCAAACACAUGCGCAUUAGUGAUGAGAUUGAGUCAACCACUGACUCGGAUGCAGACAGUAUGCUACAAACGAUAGCAGUCGAACAAGCUGAAAAACGUGCCAAGAACCUCAUUUUGGAGGAGGAAGACGAGGAAGACGAUGAAGACUUUGAUGAAGACAUUGAAGAUUCGUCAGAUUCUGAUGCAUCCUCGAAUUCCGAAUCUUCUUUUGGGUCUGGCACUGACAGCGAGAUGGAGAAGCUUGCUGUGGAGCAAGCAAAGAAACGAGCAUUGAAUCUGAUUCGGGCCACUGAGGACAGCUCUUCUGACGACGAAACUGCUUCUGACUAUGCCUCAGAAACCUCUGGAUUAGAGACCGUGGAUGAGGCAACGUCCAGCUCAGGGUCAGACUCAGGGUCAGACUCAGAUGCAGACUCGGACUCAGACUCGAACUCAGACUCGGACUCAGCCUCGGAUUCAGACUCGGAUUCAAACUCGGAUUCAGACGAUGACAGUGACUCGGAUUCCGACGUCUCUUCUAGUUCUUCCGACUCCGACUCCGAAUCUAACUCUGUGGUGGUGAAAGUGAAGCAGGAAACGAAAAAGGGAGCUACAUCGACGCCCGGUACCUCUACUACCCUCCAACAUCCGACGCCUGGCUCUGAGGGCCCAGCAAAGCCGUCAACCGUACCGCCUGGCGCAGGAACUGCGAGAACGCACAAUAACAACAGCAGAGCGAAAAAACGGAAAAGACUGAUAUUUCUGAAAGAGCAAGGUAUCUUGCCCAAGGAUGCUGAUUUUCACGCGUUGGCAGCAUAUGAGGCAGCGCAGGAGAACAAAACUGGCGCGCAACCCAGUUCUGAGGAGCCAGGACAGUCUGCCGCAGCCGGUCAAACCGCCGAAUAUAACGUUGAAAAACAGAAAACAGUGGGUGUCAAAGCAGUGAACGGUGCCAGUAAGAUUGGCUCUGAAACAAAGACUGCUGGAAACUCGACUUCAGCUCUAGAUGCCGUUGUGGCACCUUCGGCUGAAGUUUCAGAGACAGUGCAAGCAGAGCCACUUCCAGACGUGGAGCCUACCCCGAAGAGAGCUAGACUGGACGUGGCCAGCACGCGAAGAAUGGUGUUCACCUCUCUGGGAUUGAGGACUCCCAAGACUCCUGAGGCAGAACAGGCCUUGAGGGAAAAAUUAUCCAAGUCUAUCCGGCCAGCUAAACAACCUAGCAGCUCUUCUGCCGAGGCCGCUCUGCCCUUGCCGCCGAACGAGGCACAGGCUGAGCACGAGGAUGCUUGGAAAGAAAAACUCAUCAUUGCCGCUGUUGAAUGCGAGCAGCAGGGGGUUGUUCUCACUCCUCCACCAUUCCCUUUCCAACAGGGCUGGACUAAGGCUUCGAGUGAUAACCCCACCAGGAGCAAACGUCGUGCUCGAGAUCAAGCUCAGUAUUAUGAUGACAACCAGGGCCAGCUGCAGGAAGACCAGCAAGAUGGCUUCGCACCUGACGUAUCGACUUUGGGGUCCGGAGACCCCCAUCAACCAGACGAUGUUGAUAGCUCCAAGUUGACGCCCAACGGUACUGCAGAUAUACCCAUUCCGACAGACUUUGAGACUCUGCCUCAUCUCGACCAGGCUAGCAUAUUGCCAGGAGUUGUGGUUGCCUACAAGGAAUUGCAUGUCGAUGCUUCCACAAAUUAUCAGCCCGAGAUAUCAUCAUUUCGAGUGGGGCGUGUUGCGAAAGUGGAUGAAGAUGGUAAUGUCUUUUUAACCUUGGCUAAACGCUCCCUCGAAUCUGCCUCUAAAAAGAAGUAUGACGAAAAGACAGGGGAGAGAGUCUAUGGCAAGUUCGAGCUCCUGUCCGAAGAUGCUGAUGAGCUAUCCGAUGAUGGCUUCCGGGAGAUACUGUUCUCCAGCAUGAUAUCGCCCAAGCUCGUAGAGCCGUCUUCGGUGGAGGUGCCGAACAGCAACCAGAGUAGUGGGCUGAGGGGCGGAGAUGGUUCGGAUUCAAAUCUCGACGACCAAUAUGCAGCCAUACUAGAGACUGUCCAAAAUAUUAGGGACUUAGAUGCAUCGAACCCCACUCAUGUGUCUGUGGACGACAUUGCGACCCCACGCAGAAAGGAGAUCUCAGAUAUGAUCAAGGACGCCGGAUUCAACUCAGCCCUGGAUGAGCAACUCCUACCUGUUUCGGUGCCUUCAGAUGAACCUCAACUGUCUGGAAGCACUGGUAAUUUGCAGGACCAAUCUCAGGAAGAGUAUCCUCACCGGUUUCGCAAAGACUCUCCUCGGGUCAAACUCACACACUCGGCAGACGGUACUUCUUGCGAAUUGGACGAGAGUGCCAAUGUUGACGCCCGAGCUCCUCGCCACUUGGAAUCGGAAUUGACACAGUCUUCACCGCCGAUAAUUCACACCCAGGAAACAGUCGAAUAUCCCCAUAUUUCGCAGAUCGAAAUCAAUAGUUCUGGACCACUUCUGACUGUAAAGAGCAGCUCGCAUCAGGAUGCGCAGCACAUCUCCCCAGUGCAUGGAGUUGAAUUGUCUUUCACUGCUUCAGAUCAGCAGGAUUGGGUCAACGAGGCAGACCAUGACAGCCAGGGCGACUCGAAUCGGCCGCAAGAUUCCUUCGAACCGUUGGAGUCGCAGGUCCCACCGUCUCAAUCACAAGAGGGUGGUCAGGACGAAUCGCCAGGCAGAAGAGAUUCUUUUUUAGGAGUACCUGGGUACGAUGGUCAAGAUUCCUCGUACCAUGACGACGACGCUGCCAGUGAAGAUGAUAGUGACGAUCUUCCGUCCAUACAGGAGAUAACGUCAGGCCACCGACAGAGCAAAAGUCUCCGAUUACGCCCAGGCAACGAGAUCCGGCAGCCGACGAGAAAGUCGCCGCGUCAGGCCCAGAAGGUGCGAAGCUCGACUCCUCCCAGCAGUCUCGAUCUUCCACCAUCCAGUCAGCCGGUCAUCAAACUCUCACAGAGCCAACAAGAGCCUCGCCUCUCGCAAAUCCCGGCUGGAUCCCAAGUUAUUGACUUGACGGGGUCCAGCAGCCCGCAGAAGCAGGAUGAUGAAGAAUCCCGGACCGGUAUAGGCAGAAGGAAGUGUUCUUCUCAGGCCAACGGCACCAAGAAACCGGCUCCCAAGGCGACGAAGGAUGAGAAUGGAGUCGGGAAACGGAGGCUGCUUACUACGAAAAAGGCGAGAAGCUAUUGGUAG